CGCAGCCCCGGCGCCGCCCGCGGAGCCGCCAUGUCCGGGGAGGUGCGCCUGCGGCAGCUGGAGCAGUUCAUCCUGGACGGGCCGGCGCGGAGCAGCGGGCAGUGCUUCAGCGUGGAGACCCUGCUGGACGUCCUCAUCUGCCUCUACGACGAGUGCAGCAACUCCCCGCUGCGGCGGGAGAAGAACAUCCUCGAGUACCUGGAAUGGGCAAAACCGUUUACUUCUAAAGUGAAACAAAUGCGAUUACAUAGAGAAGACUUUGAAAUAUUAAAGGUUAUUGGUCGAGGAGCUUUUGGUGAGGUUGCUGUAGUAAAACUGAAAAAUGCAGAUAAAGUAUUUGCCAUGAAAAUUUUGAAUAAGUGGGAGAUGCUGAAAAGAGCUGAGACAGCAUGUUUCCGUGAGGAGAGGGACGUGCUGGUGAAUGGAGACAAUCAGUGGAUCACAGCUCUGCACUAUGCCUUCCAGGAUGACAACAAUUUAUACCUGGUUAUGGAUUAUUAUGUUGGGGGAGAUUUACUUACUCUGCUCAGCAAGUUUGAGGAUAGACUACCUGAAGACAUGGCUCGAUUCUACUUGGCUGAGAUGGUGAUAGCAAUUGACUCUGUUCAUCAGCUGCAUUAUGUACACAGAGAUAUUAAACCUGACAAUAUAUUGAUGGAUAUGAAUGGACAUAUUCGUUUAGCAGAUUUUGGGUCUUGUCUGAAGCUGAUGGAAGAUGGAACGGUCCAGUCCUCAGUGGCAGUUGGCACCCCGGAUUACAUUUCUCCUGAAAUUCUUCAAGCCAUGGAAGAUGGCAAAGGCAGAUACGGGCCUGAGUGUGACUGGUGGUCCCUGGGGGUUUGUAUGUAUGAGAUGCUCUACGGAGAAACACCCUUCUAUGCAGAAUCGCUGGUGGAGACUUAUGGAAAAAUCAUGAACCACAAAGAGAGGUUCCAGUUUCCAGCCCAAGUGACUGAUGUGUCUGAAAAUGCAAAAGAUCUUAUUCGAAGACUCAUUUGUAGCAGAGAACAUCGACUUGGUCAAAAUGGAAUAGAAGACUUUAAGAAACACCCAUUUUUCAGUGGAAUUGAUUGGGAUAAUAUUCGAAACUGUGAAGCACCAUAUAUUCCAGAAGUUAGUAGCCCAACUGAUACAUCUAAUUUCGAUGUGGAUGAUGACUGUUUAAAAAAUUCUGAAACAAUGCCCCCACCAACACAUGCUGCGUUUUCUGGUCACCACCUGCCAUUUGUUGGUUUUACAUACACGAGUAGCUGUGUUCUUUCUGAUCGGAGCUGUUUAAGAGUUACAGCUGGUCCUACCUCGCUGGAUCUUGACGUUAAUGUCCAGAGGACUCUAGAUAACAACUUAGCAACUGAAGCUUAUGAAAGAAGAAUUAAGCGCCUUGAACAGGAAAAACUUGAACUAAGUAGAAAGCUUCAAGAGUCAACGCAAACUGUCCAAGCUUUGCAGUAUUCAACUGUUGAUGGUCCUCUAGCAGCAAGCAAAGAUGUAGAAAUAAAAAGCUUGAAAGAAGAAAUUGAAAAACUAAGGAAACAAGUAGCAGAAUCAAGUCGUUUGGAGCAGCAACUUGAAGAAGCUAAUUCUGUGAGGCGGGAACUCGAUGAUGCUCUCAAACAAAUCAAAGCUUGUGAAAAACAAAUCAAGAGCUUACAACAGGAGAGGGAAGAGCUGAAUAAGGAACUAGUCCAGGCUAGUGAGCGAUUAAAAAACCAAUCCAAAGAGCUGAAAGACGCACACUGUCAGAGGAAACUGGCCAUGCAGGAGUUCAUGGAGAUCAAUGAGCGGCUAACAGAAUUACACACCCAGAAACAGAAACUUGCUCGACAUGUCCGAGAUAAGGAAGAAGAGGUGGACCUAGUGAUGCAGAAAGUUGAAAGCUUAAGGCAAGAACUGCGCAGGACAGAAAGAGCCAAAAAAGAGCUGGAAGUCCACAGGGAAGCUCUAGUGGCCGAGGCGUCUAAAGACAGGAAGCUGCGUGAGCAAAGCGAGCACUACUCAAAGCAACUGGAAAAUGAACUAGAAGGACUGAAGCAGAAACAAAUUAGUUACUCACCAGGAGUAUGCAGUAUAGAACACCAGCAAGAGAUAACCAAACUGAAAACUGAUUUGGAAAAGAAAAGUAUUUUUUAUGAAGAAGAAAUAUCUAAAAGAGAAGGAAUCCAUGCAAAUGAGAUUAAAAACCUGAAGAAAGAACUACAUGAUUCAGAAGGCCAGCAACUUGCUCUCAACAAAGAAAUUUUGGUUUUAAAAGACAAACUGGAAAAAACAAGGAGGGAAACUCAAAGUGAAAGAGAAGAAUUUGAAAAUGAGUUCAAACAACAGUAUGAACGCGAAAAAUUAUUACUAACUGAAGAAAAUAAAAAGUUGACCAGUGAACUUGAUAAGCUUACCACUCUGUAUGAGAACUUAAGUGUGCGCAACCAGCAGUUAGAAGAAGAGGUCAGAGACCUAGCAGACAAGAAGGAAUCAGUUGCACAUUGGGAAGCCCAGAUCACAGAAAUAAUUCAGUGGGUCAGUGAUGAGAAGGAUGCACGAGGGUAUCUUCAGGCCUUAGCUUCUAAAAUGACUGAAGAAUUGGAAGCACUAAGAAAUUCCAGCCUGGGUACCCGAGCAACAGACAUGCCCUGGAAAAUGCGUCGUUUCGCAAAACUGGACAUGUCAGCUAGACUGGAGCUGCAGUCAGCCCUUGAUGCAGAAAUAAGAGCCAAACAGGCCAUUCAAGAAGAGCUGAACAAGGUUAAGGCAACUCACAUCAUAACAGAAUGUAAACUAAAAGAUUCAGAGAAGAAGAACUUGGAACUGCUUUCAGAAAUUGAACAACUGCUAAAGGACACUGAAGAGCUUAGAUCUGAAAAGGGUAUAGAGCACCAAGACUCACAGCACUCUUUCUUGGCAUUUUUGAAUACGCCUACCGAUGCUCUGGAUCAAUUUGAAGAUUCCUUUUCUUCUUCCUCAUCUUCACUGAUUGAUUUUUUGGAUGACAUUGCAGAUUCGGCUCCACUUCCAGCCCAUACACCAACCUUAAGGAAAAAGGGAUGUACUGGUUCAACUGGCUUUCCACCUAAGCGCAAGACUCAUCAGUUUUUUGUGAAGUCCUUCACAACACCCACCAAGUGCCAUCAGUGCACCUCUUUGAUGGUGGGCUUGAUGAGACAAGGCUGUGCGUGUGAAGUAUGUGGAUUCUCAUGUCACAUAACUUGUGUAAACAAAGCUCCAACUGCCUGUCCAGUUCCUCCUGAGCAAGCAAAAGGUCCCCUGGGCAUAGAUCCACAAAAAGGAGUGGGAACUGCCUAUGAAGGCCAUGUCCGGAUCCCUAAGCCAGCGGGAGUGAAGAAAGGAUGGCAGAGAGCACUGGCCGUAGUCUGUGAUUUCAAACUCUUUCUAUAUGAUAUCGCUGAAGGAAAAGCAUCUCAACCCAGCGUGGUCAUCAGCCAGGUGAUUGACAUGAGAGAUGAAGAAUUUUCUGUGAGUUCAGUCUUGGCCUCUGAUGUUAUUCAUGCAAGUCGAAAAGAUAUACCCUGUAUAUUUAGGGUCACAGCUUCUCAGCUCUCAGCAUCUAACAAGUGUUCCAUCCUGCUGCUGGCAGACAGUGAGAAUGAGAAGAGCAAGUGGGUGGGAGUGUUGAGUGAAUUGCACAAGAUUUUGAAGAAAAACAAAUUCCGAGACCGCUCUGUCUAUGUUCCCAAAGAGGCAUAUGACAGCACUCUACCCCUCAUCAAAACAACCCAGGCUGCUGCAAUCAUAGAUCAUGAAAGAAUAGCUUUGGGAAAUGAAGAAGGGUUAUUUGUUGUUCAUGUCACCAAAGACGAAAUUAUUAGAGUUGGUGACAAUAAGAAGAUUCACCAGAUUGAACUCAUUCCACACGAGCAGCUUGUUGCUGUGAUCUCAGGACGAAAUCGUCAUGUGCGGCUCUUUCCUAUGUCAGCUUUGGAUGGGCGAGAGACAGAUUUUUAUAAGCUGGCAGAAACUAAAGGGUGUCAAACGAUCACUGCCGGAAGAGUGCGCCACGGAGCUGUGACGUGCCUGUGUGUGGCCAUGAAAAGGCAGGUCCUCUGUUACGAACUGUUUCAGAGCAAGACCCGUCACAGGAAAUUUAAGGAACUCCAGGUUCCAUAUACUGUUCAGUGGAUGGCAGUCUUCAGUGAACAGCUCUGUGUGGGAUUCCAGUCAGGAUUUCUGAGAUACCCUUUGAAUGGAGAAGGAGGGCCGUGCAGUCUGCUUCAUUCAAAUGAUCACACACUGUCCUUUCUAACACACCAGCCGAUGGAUGCUAUCUGCGCAGUUGAAAUCUCCAGUAAAGAAUACCUGCUGUGUUUUAACAGCAUUGGGAUAUACACUGACUGCCAGGGCCGAAGAUCCAGACAGCAGGAGUUGAUGUGGCCAGCAAAUCCUUCCUUUUGUUGCUACAGCGCACCCUAUCUCUCAGUGUACAGUGAAAACGCAGUCGAUAUCUUUGAUGUGAACUCCAUGGAAUGGAUUCAGACUCUUCCUCUCAAAAAGGUCCGACCACUAAACAGUGAAGGAUCUUUAAAUCUUUUAGGAUUGGAGACAGUUAGAUUAAUAUAUUUCAAAAAUAAGAUGGCAGAAGGGGAUGAACUAGUAGUUCCUGAAACGUCAGACAAUAGUCGGAAACAAAUGGUCAGGAAUAUCAACAACAAACGACGUUAUUCCUUCCGAGUCCCUGAGGAGGAGCGGGUGCAGCAAAGGAGGGAGAUGCUACGAGAUCCAGAAAUGAGAAAUAAAUUAAUUUCUAACCCAACUAAUUUUAACCACAUAGCACACAUGGGUCCUGGAGAUGGAAUACAGAUCCUAAAAGACCUGCCCAUGAACCCUCGCCCCCAGGAGAGCCGGGCGGCCUUCAGCGGCUCCGUCAGCAUCCCGUCCAUCGCCAAGGCCCGCCCUGAGCCGGGCCGCUCCCUGAGCGCCAGCAGCGGCCUGUCCGCGCGCUCCUCGGCACAGAACGGCAGCGCCCUGAAGCGCGAGUUGUCGGGGGGCAGCAGCUACAGCGCCAAGCGGCAGCCCUUGCCCUCCCCGUCCGAGGGCUCCCUGUCCUCGGGGGGCAUGGACCAAGGAAGCGACACCCCGGCGAGGGACUACGACGGAGAGGACUCGGACUCGCCGCGCCACUCCACCGCCUCCAACAGCUCCAACCUGAGCAGCCCGCCCAGCCCCGCGUCCCCCCGCAAGACCAAGAGCCUCUCGCUGGAGAGCGGCGACCGCGGGGGCUGGGACCCCUGAGCCCGCCCCCGGCGCCCCCGGCGGGAAAGGACGA